GCACCAUGUAAAGCAAUGAUCCAGCUCGGGCUGUCAGCAAGCACACGAGUAUGGGGUGCUGGCAGCAGCGAUGCCAGGUACAAGCACAGAGCUGGCUGCGUCAUGGCUGCAUAUUAAUUCUGCUGGUAAUGAUUGGCUCCUGUCUAAUGUAUCCCAUCCUGAAGAGCGCUUACUCUCACAUUCACUCUGCACUCACUGGCAGUUACAUUGCUGGAACCAGUUCGGUCGCAUUUAUCAACUGCCCAAAUGAACAGAUCGCAAAAGAAGUCGCCAGGGGCAUUUUGGAGAAAAAAUUAGCUGUAAGUGUAAAUAUCAUGCCAAAGACCUCAUCGCUAUACAUCUGGAAAGGUGAAAUAGAAACAUCUACAGAAAUACUAUUAGUAGUGAAAACAAGCACUGCAAAGAUUUCCGAAUUAUCAGGUUACAUAAGAUAUGUUCAUCCAUUUGAAAUGCCUGAUUUUAUCAGCAUCCCGAUAGAACAAGGAAAUCCGGAAUAUCUCAGGUGGAUGCAAGAAGUUUUGUUGAAGAACUGAUUAUAAUUCAGACAAUAAAGGGGUCUAUGAUUAGCUGACAAAUGUCACACUCUUGUUAACUUCAGCUGGGGCAGGUUAUGAAGAAACAUAAAAUAAGUGACUUUCUGACUUCUAAUCUUUAGCCGCUAAUAAAUACUUAAUAAUAGAUUUAUUUCCCUGCUAGCUAAAGGCAAACGGCAAAGAAAAAACCUCCACAUAUGCAAAAUAUUCUAAUUCUCUAAUUAAAUUGCACAUUUAUGUUUUGCUUUUUUGUUCUAUUAAAAAAAAAAAAUGAAACCAAA